UAUUUCACACCUCAUAUUUCGAUACCAUUAAUUAAAUUUUAGAAAGAAAAAUAACACCUUCCAAAUUUUGAUAAACUUUAAAGAAAUAUUCUUUACCACCAUUUGUGAGUUGAUAAUUUCUGAGUUGUACUUUGAUGGCUGUUGCAGCAGCUAGCUGCUUCAACAACACUUGCUUCAUUACUUUGAAACCCAAUAGUUCAAUCUCAACCACCAACUUUCCCUUAUCUUUUUCUUAUCCAAUCUUCAACGGCUGCAAUGGGAUUUCAGUGACCAGAAUUGGGUCUAGCUCAAAAACAUACGCCAAGUUUGAGAAAUUUCAAGGUGACCCUUCAGAAGCUAAUGGUGAAGAUAUUAUAGUAUCUUCUCUACAAACCCAGGAACAAACCAUUGAAGAAGAAGAAGAAGAUGACAGUUGUUUGCCAUCUGACUUGGAGGGUGCAGUGAGGCAAUCAGGUGAAGCAAGUGCCUUGUUUGUGUCUUCAGGAGGAAUGAGAGCUAUUGUUGAGCUCCUAAUUCCUCAGUUACAGUUUCUUGAUGAUGAAGGUGCUCAAGCUGAGCUUUGGGAAUUAUCCAGAAUUUUCUUGGAUACACUUAUGCAAGAAACUGGAUGUCAGAAAGUUAAAGCUAUAUUUCCUGAUGCUGGAGCUGCUGCAUUACUGAAAUAUCGAUGGAAAGAUGCUGCUUUUGGAUUUGCCAGUUUGAGUGAUCGGAAGCCGGUAGAGAGCCAAGAUGAGAUUAUAGUCAUGCUUGUUCCUGAUUACCAGAUGUUGGAGCGCGUACAGAGAAUUGCCUCGGAACUAUCAGAUGAUCCGCCUAGGCCUCUUGUCAUGUGGAAUCCGCGUCUCAUAAGCGAAGAUGUUGGGGUUGGGGUUAAUGUUCGACAGCUAAGGCGAUACUUUUUAAGUUCUUUCACGACCGUUUACUCAAUGAGACCUUUGGCAGCUGGUGCUGUGUUUAGGUGUUAUCCAGGAUUGUGGAAGGUGUUUUACGAUGAUAAAGACAGGCUUGGAAGAUAUUUGCUUGCAAAAGAACUUGUGAGCCGUCCCGAUGUGGAAGAACUCGAGAUAAUAUUCGGAAAUGCAGAGGAGAAGUCCGAGCAAGGCCCAUCAUUUUUUAGUCAAGCUGCAGGCAUUUUCUCUUCACUAAAUCGAUUCGUGAAAGCCAUUUCAAAAUAAUGUCCUGUUAGUCCGUUUCUUUCGAAAUCGUUCAGGCUUAAUGCAUUACAGUUUUGGCUUUGUAUGUCUUCUCUAGCAACUAGCAUGUACAUUGCACUAUAAGGUGCAAAGAAAUAUUUUAUGAUACAAUCUGAAUUCACAUAUAUUUGGAGGAUCUUAUGCUCA